AUGAGUAUCCCGAGCCAGAACCACAAGCGCACCCAUGAUGGCUACACGCCCGCUGACCUUCGACACGCCGUCCCCGCGCAGAAGAAGCAGCACACGGCCUCGAAUGGGCCGCAUGCCAUUGCUAACCAGGCGAACGUUGGCGCUGUCCAUCCACUCCUCAGCCAGAUGUCAUUUGGCGCACCGCAACCUGCGCCGCGACCAGUCCAGCACCACCCUGGCCCGUAUGCCGCUCACGCUGGCGCUCAUCAUCAUCAAGGUCAGCCGUGGCUCGCGAAUGGACAGCAGCAUCCACAGAAUGGUGUCCCUCGUUCUCAUCUCGCCUUCGACCCUCGUCUCCAGGCUUCCUUCCCCAAUGGCGCGGCACCGAAUGCUAACUAUGGCGGCUUCCACAGCGGUCAUCCCGGCGGACCUCAGCACCCGAUGCAGCAGCAGCAAGCUUUUCAAGCACACCGCUUUCAACAAGGUCAGGCUUCCCCAUAUUCGCCUGUGAUCCCGAAUCGGCAUCCGUCACCAUACAUUGUUAACGGGCAGCAUAAUGCUCACCCCGGCGGACUACAAAACCCGAUGCCGCAGCAUGCCAUCCAUACUCCCGCCUUUCAACAAGGCCAGGCCUCCCCGUAUUCGGCCAUGAUGUCGAACCAACGUCCACCGACACCCUUCGUCAACGGACAGCCUAAUGGACAUCCUGGAAGCCGUCAGGACUCUAUGGAGCCGCAACCUGUGCACGCGGCUGGCGCCCAAGCCCAAGUGCACGGCGGCGUGCUAUUGAAUCAGCGUCCGGCGACACCCUUGGUUAACGGCCAGAACAACGGCCAUCACGGAGGCCUUCAGUACCAUGUGCAGCAGCAACAUAUUCAGAGUCCUCGCCCUCACGAAGACGUCCGUUCUGUUCACAAUGGUCAACCUGGAGGUCACCAGCAUCUUGCGCAGCAGCAGCCUGCUCCAGCCCUCCGGGCCCCGGCACCCAGCGUCACCUUGCGGCGCCAGAUUGUGCCCUCAUCUCCGUAUAUCUCGCCAUACUCUUCCAUCGGCCCACCCACCGAUCCUCCUGCAGACCCCCAGCGGGUUGCCUCCCAACAGCCCGCUCCAGCUCCAGCUCCCACUCCAGCUCCUCCCCAGCAGCACCCUCCAACCAGGUACCUCUCCGACGCCGACGAGUUCGACUCCACUCUCGACAGUAUCCUAGGCAACAACCCCCCUGGCCACGUCUACGACGACGCCCUACUCGCUUUUGGCGCCGAGAUCCUCAAAGAGCGCGAACCCGCGCUGCAAGACCGCGACCUGCCGAACAUCGAGCAAGGUCUGCGGCGCAAACUCAAGCAACCUCCUCCACCACCGCCAGAGAAACGCCCACUACCUGAUCCCCAGCGCGUCGUGGAGCUCGGGUUCCUCAGGUACCUCUCGAAGCCUAUAUACGACGAGAAGGAGACGCCGCGCCUGGUCCCGGAGCUGGACACUGAUGAGGACCUGCACGUCCCACAGGGAGAAGAGGGGGAUGAUAAUAUGGAAGACGCCAGCAGCGUCCACACGCCCGAGUCCGUCGUCGACGUCACAGACUCCUUCGCCGCCGCAGCCCAGGAAGUCGCCCAGUCCUCCAUUGACGACUUCAUCCAAAGGUUCUCCGACCCAGCCGAGCAGGACAUGUACGUGCGCGCCCACGGGUACCACAACGCCACGCAGUUCGCCCUCGAGCAAGUCGCGCGCCUCUGCCUGGACUCUUCUUCCCCCUCUUCAGCCGCGUUCUGGGGCCCUCACGGCUGGGUCGACAUCCCCGGCGUCGGCAUGAUCCUGGGGCCGGCCGAUCGUGAGCAGAUGGCGGUGCGGCCAGACGCCGCGUGCAAAGCGGCCGAGGAGCCGGAGGCGGUUGAGCAAGCGGCGAAGGAGAAGAGGGAGCGGGAGGAAGAGGUGGAGAAGGAAGCGCGCCGGCAGGAGAUGUGGGAGAAGGAGAAACAGCAGCAGCGCGAGCAGGAUGAAGCGAUCCAGGAGCGCAUGCGUAAGGCGAGGGAGGAGAAGGAGGCGCGGGAGAAGCAGAGUGCCGCGGAGGCGGAGAGGAUUGCUGCGGAGAGGAGGAGGGAGUUUGAGGAGCGGCGCGGUGCUGCUGCUGGGGGAGAGCAAGUUCAGGGUCGCGGCGAGAAUCAGAAUCAGCGACAGGGACUGCAAGUGCAAGAGCUGCAACAACAGCAACAGCAGCAACUGCAGCAGCAGCAGCAGCAGCAGCAGCAGCAUACGACCACCACCUCCCCCACAGCCCUCCCCCCUGCCCCCCAACCCACCACUACCACCACCACCACAUCCCCCGUCCCCGCCCCUCCAACACCCACCCCGAAACCCCAACCCGCCUUCCUAAAGUCCUUCCUCGAAAAAUACGCCACCAUGUCCCCCGCGCAAAAGCAGCGCGCCAUCACGGACCAGCGCAAAGAAAUCGAAUACAUCGACGAGUCGCUGGCCAGCGACCCGCGACCCCCGGGCACCGACCGCACGCGCUGGCGCAACAACCAGAACCGGCAUCGGCGCGAGGCGGUCGCGAAGCUAGAAGCCGUGGGUGUCGAUGUCGAGGGGAUGAAGGGCGGGCGGAAGAGGCGGGCGGAGUCGGAGGCGCUGGCAGGAGAGCUGGAGGGGGCGAAGAAGCAGAGAGUGUAG